AAAAAAAAAGCUCAGUGGACAUUUUUUUUCAUCCGAGGGAGUAGUAUACGACCUCCAAAGGGGUCCCCUUUUUCUUCAAAGACUCCUAAUAUAGCUUCCGCUCAUGUCCUCCAAUCAAUCAAACAACUCAAACCCUAGAAGAAGUAAAAAAAGAACAAAAAAGGAAAAGUAAGUAGGUAAAAACAAGAAGAAGGCGUCAAUGGUGAAAAACCCACCGUGGUUAGAACUAGGGGAAGAUAUAUGGGCCAACAUAUUACACAGGUUGGGUGCAAUAGAAAUACUACAAACAGCACAGAAAGUGUGCACUACGUGGAGGCGAAUAUGCAAAGACCCAUCCAUGUGGCGAGUCAUUACCAUGGGGAAUGAUGGUGACCUCUUUAAAAUAACUUAUGAGUUAGAGGUAAUGUGCCGCCAUGCCAUUGAUCGUAGCCAAGGUGAACUUGUUGAUAUCAAUUUAGAGUACUGUGCUACUGAUCACUUGCUUGAGUACAUAGCAGAAAGAUCAGGAAAACUGAGAAGACUUAGUAUUGCGUGUUGCUACCGUAGGGUAUAUAAAGGCUUCGAUGCAGUAGCUCAUAAGCUACCACUGUUAGAAGAGCUAAGUUUGACACACACUACUAUCACACCAAAAGCCAUUGAAGCUCUUGGUGGCUCGUGCCUGAAGUUGAAGUCGUUUGAAUUGAAUAACUCAUUCAAGGAGGAUUUUAUUGACGACUCUGAUGAAGAAUAUGAAAGAAAUAAAGAGGCUCGAGCUAUUGCUAAAAGCAUGCCUGCCUUGCACCACCUUCAGCUCAUUGGGAACUGUAUGUCAAACAAAGGCCUUGAAGCUAUCCUUACCGGUUGUCCUCACCUUGAAUCACUUGACCUACGACAGUGCAACGGCAUUUGGUUCGACGAAGACUUAAGUAACAAAAUUUCUCGACAGAUUAAAGAUGUGAAGCACCCUCAUGACUCUUUGGAUGGUCUUAAAUUUUCAUUUGAGUAUGAGGAUGGAAUUGAUGAGUAUAGCGAGCUUGGUGACACGUCUGACAAUGACUAUAGCGAGCUUGGUGACACGUCUGAUGAUGACUAUAGUGAGCUUGGUGACACGUCUGAUGAUGACUAUAGCGAGCUUGGUGACACAUCUGAUGGUGACUCUGGUUUUUUAGAAGAUAUAGGUAUCCUGUUUCUUGGAUUAGCCUCAUUUAUGAUGUUGCGGGCUUUGUUUGGUCAUUGGAUUGUGAAUAGUGCUCCAGGUGUCCGCUGAUCGAAUUUUAUCAAGUGUGUUAAUAUUGCUUUAUUGGAAUGACUUGGCUGAACUUCAAAUUCCGCGUCCAAGUUUAUUUCAUUUGAAGAACUAACAAACUCCCCUGGAUUUUCAACCCCUCAGAAAUUAGAUUGAGUGGAUAUAUAAAGGUUUGAAGUUUACCGUC